UUGCAGCCUAACGCAGGUGCGUUUCAGGUCAUGUUUGUAACCAUGUCGAUAGAAGUGAAUGUGUGUGUGUGUGUGUGUGUGUGUGUGUGUGUGUGUGUGUGUGUGUGUGUGUGUGUGGGUGCGUGUGUGUGUGGGUGCGUGUGUGCAGGACCUCUGUAUUGUUCCACUCUUAAGGGACGGAAAGUCCCCCAGCCGCUUUCUCAGGUCCGCUGUGUCCGACUGUGCGAGGCAUGUGUGUGUGUGUGUGUGUAGUGGUGUGGGUUGUAUCCGGCAGCCAAUCACAUACUAGCUCUGAGGAAACAGGAAGGAACAUGCUGCAGCCAUGUCGACCAAUGAGAAGUAGUAAAAGAGGAGGCUCUUCAGGAAACCACUGACAGAGUAUCAGGGGUUCAGACCUCCAACAGACUUCCUUCAGACAUCAGACCAACACGACUCAUUGUUCUAACUUCCCGUCCGUCCAUUACUUCAUUUCAUUUUUCCAUUUCCAAUCACUCUAUUCAUAUUUACUUCAAUCUUUCCUUCCAUGUAUCUGUAUUCCUUCUAGUUUUUCCAAAUCUUGCCAGUCUAAUCCCUCUAAUCUUGAAUCUGCAUCUCUAUCCGCUCCAUCCUCUGUCCGACCCUGCACCUGUCCGCCGUCGUUUAAAAAGUAUGGUGGUAAAUUGCGCCGUGCUGCCGCUGACAUGUCUGCCGACAUGUCCGCUCCAUCCAUGAGGAAGAAGAAGUCGUUUGCGCGGAGCUGCAAGCCGAGCGUCAGGAUGUGUAUUCGAGAACAGAGGGAUUUCAUAACCAUGUCGUCUCCAGAGAUGUGCUGGCCGGUGCCGAUGCCGGCCAUCGGGGCUCAGAACCUCCUCACCAUGCCGGGAGGAGUUUCCACUUCGGGAUACCUCCACAAGAAGGGAGGCAGCCAGUUCAGCCUCAUGAAAUGGCCGCUGAGGUACAUCAUCAUCCACAAGGGCUGCGUGUACUACUUUAAGAGCAGUACCUCUCCUGCACCACAGGGGGCGUUCUCUCUCAACGGCUACAACAGAGUGAUGAGAGCAGCAGAGGAGACGACGUCCAGCAAUGUGUUUCCCUUCAAGAUCGUCCACUUCAGUAAGAAACACAGGACGUGGCUUUUCUCUGCGGCCAGCGAGGACGAGAGGAGGAAAUGGAUGCGAUUCCUGCGGAGGGAGAUAGAUCACUAUAACGAGAGAAAAGAGUCCCACAUUCCGAGUGACUCCGAUUCAGAUUGCGAUAAUUUCUAUGGCACGAUUGAGGAGCCCAUGGAUAUCAAACACCACAUCGAUAACGCGGCAGAUGAAUAUGGAGAUGAUGAUGAUGAUGAUGACGAUGAGGACGACUAUCUGGAGCCAGAUGGCGACUGUUCGCCAACAUCGACAGGUCGACCUACGGGGCCGCCCCCCUCCUACCCCCCUCCCCCGGUGCCGGUUUCAUUUAAUCUCCGUCAAGACUCCAGUCCAGGUUUCCACAAGGCCCCACCUCCUCUCAUCCCGCUGCUCCACAGAAUCCCAACCAGCCCGCUCCCCAGAAAGCCCCCGCCCUGUUUCCCCCCUCCCUCCUUACUGAAGGACUCUCACAACGGCCCGCCCCCCCCCCCCCCGUUCGCCCCCCACCUGCACAAGUCCUUGUCUCCCACCCCCCCGGCUCCUCCUCCCCCCAACGUAAAGAGAGCCCUCCAGUGCAGAGUGACGUCCGUUGGGGGGCCUGGGAACGACAAGAGAGACUGGAGGCCUAUGCCGGCCGUGUCGGUCCAGUCCCCCGCCACUCUGCUUAUCUGUGACCAAUUAGAGACCAGGAUGGUCUUAAAUAGUCCCGCCCACUGCUCCCUUAUUGCUGGAGGUAGCAAAUCAGUGGGCAACCCCUGCAGCAAGCCGAGCCUACCUCCUCAGUAUAACAUCGGAGGGUCCUUCCUCAGGCUUGUGACGUCAGACUCUCCGUCCCUCAGCAAGACGUCCUGCAGUCACCCACCACUGCCUGGCCACCCUCCGCUCUCUCCUCUACUUAAACCUGGACUUCACAACAAGCCAGUGCCGCCCAAACCUCCUCCACCCACAGUCAAACCCCCGCUGCCUUCAGCCAAGUCCAAGCCGCCGGGAACCCCGCGCCAAAGAGCAUCUCCAGACGGCCAGAGCUUCCGUUCGUCGGGAGACGAGGUGCCCGCAGAGUUCAAGAGGAAGCAAGACUCGGACAAACACAGCCGAGGAGAGGAGUCUGACGACGACGACUACGAGAACGUGCAGCUGCCAGACUCCGUGUUCAUUGAUACGACCGAAACCAGCUUCAUAGAAAAGUUGUUCAGAGAGAGCCCCAUUCCUCCACAAGACGGACUGUACUGCAUCCGAAACUCAGGAACCAAAACAUCAAGGGUGUUGGUGGUGUGGGAUGUCAGUAUAGGCAAAGCCAGGAACUACCGACUGUUUGAAGAGGUGGACCGUAUGUUUCUGGACAACGAAAUCACCUUCCCCACUCUGUCUGCUGUGAUCGAACACUACUACAGCCACCCUCUUCCUCACCACGGCUCACUCUGCCUGCAGAAGCCGUACACAAAGACGCUGAGCUUCUGAUCAACGCAGUCAAACCGGAGAGUAGCAGAGAGUCGGGGCCUUCUCUGCAAGUGAAAUCCAUCUCCGUCAAGCAACAGUGCGUGGAGAUAAAAGUCACCCACACGGAUGAAAUAACUGUCACAGUAAAUCAGAACACAUCAUCCCUCACACUGUUCAAUGCUGUUGCACCAGAAUAUGCCAUAACGCUUCAUGUUUAACAGCAACCACAGUAACCUUACAAUUAAUGGAACAUUAUUUACCUUACUUUAACACACAAGUCUCUUAUCUUAACACAGCAAGCCAUCCUAAUCCUCUUCUGUGCACUGAAAACAUCAGUUACUGUAACUGCUCUGUUUCUGAAACAUUCCUGCUGUUUUAUGCAAGCUGAAUCGGUGUCAUCGGGAAAGCGUGUAAUGAUAGCGAUGAAGCACAAUACAUGAGCCAGUGUGAUGUAAUUUGUCCUCAAUGGGGCGCUGUGACACCAUAUGGCAAAAAAAGAGAAGAAAAUUCCCCCAGCUUCAUGUGGGAUGUGGGUUUACCUGUGGUUCCUUUUGGGUCUGUCCCGUUGUGCCCACACAAGUCCCUGAUUGUGUGACAUAUAUCAACUGCCAAAAGCGAGUUGAUGCGACACAAAAGUAGAAUAAUAGAACAUAGUAAUAUAUUACUCAACCAAAAAAGAUAGCAAUUUAAAAGGGAGGUUGAAUCAACUGAAAUAAACUUGCAAUCAAAUCCAUUUAGAUGUUUGGAGAAGAAAGAAAGUGUCAAUCCUACUUACAAAAGAUGUCACAGUGACCUCAACUUUGACCGCCGAAUUCUAAUCGGUCAACAUAAUUCAUUUUCAAAAGGAUGUUGUUGAUGUCCCCUCCCCUUCUGGGGGUUGUCACGUGUCCAAUCCAAGUGUAUCUCAGAGUCAAUGGGUGAUGUUUUAGUGAGUUGUUGAAAUGCACAUCCACAGGGCUCUUUUCAUCGUUACUACAUGUGUUACUCUGAAACACGGGUCUUGAGACAGCGUGUUGUUUUCAACAUGUAGUUGUUGCUCAUAUAGAUGGCUCUACGUGUGUUACAAGUAAUGAUACUGUUGAUAUUGAAUGUUUUUACCGAAACCCGGAUGAGUAAAUAAAUGAGAUUUAAAAGUGACGUUACAUUGUGCACACUUGUAUUUACAAUCUGGAAUGACCGACAAGAAAGGAGUAGAUUGUUCUGGAGGAAGGUCAUCUCUGACUAUCAGAUUGUGAAUGUUUGGAUCGAACUGUACACAAUGCGUGGAGAAUGUUUAAAAAACGGAUUUGAAGAUUUGGAUCAGAAUUCAAAAUAUGCCAGUGUUGCCGCCCGAUCUCUUUUAAUUCUGUUCCCAAAGGAGAAUAGUUUAUAAUGCAGAGGAUGCUUACGUUAGCUGGAUCAUUCCUUCAGACAAGAAUAAUGUUCAGGCUGAAUCCAACGUGUCAUAAAGAACUUUUCUUUUUAUUGUGUUUAUUGUCAGCAGACCUAAAACUGACUUGUGGGUGCUACUGGCAACGACUGGACCGGUAUGGGACUGUUAUUAGCGGACGGCAACGUCUUUAUAUAUUUCACAAAUGUAAAAGAAGUCUGUCGUCCAGACUUCAGUUGUCUCUGUGUAAUCAAUGGGCAACACAUAUUUAUUUACACAUGCACCAAGUCCAAAAACUGAAAUUGCGAUUUAAGAAUCCCAGGGGCUUGUAACGCUUCAAUAUGUUGUACUUUCUUUUGCAAAGUCCUUGGAGGGUAGAAAACAUCUCCCCUAUAAACAAGAAAUGAAACCAGACUGUACGGGGUACAAAUUGUCAGAUUGAUCAUGAAGAAAUUCAUUCUCAACUGCUAAAACGUUGACAUUCUGCAAAUACAGUUUGCACAGCACUGACUUUAAUGUUGUACAUCACUAUAUAUUUAUAUGUAAAUGCUGUAAGUACUGUAAAAAUGUAAAUAUAUUGUUUUCUACAGAAAUAUAUGUUGAGAGUGUAUAAAGGAUUACUCGGA